GACAUCAGAGUGUGGCAACUUCACUGCUUCGCUAACUGCCUAAAGCACCACCAGCAUUUGUGAAUCCAGACUGAUUCCUCUCUCACAUAACGAACCCAAUAUGGAAAUCAUUCCGAUCCCCGCCGAUUCCUACACUUUAGGCUUCAUCGGCGCCGGUAAAAUGGCCGAGAGCAUUGCCAAAGGCGCCGUCCGCUCCGGCGUCUUGUCUCCUUCUCGCAUAUGCACUGCUCACUCCAAUCCCGCUCGCCGCGCCGCCUUCGAGUCCGUCGGCGUCACACUCCUUUCUUCAAACGACGACGUCGUUCGAGAAAGCAACGUCGUCGUUUUAUCGGUUAAACCUCAAUUAGUGAAAGACGUUGUGUUGAAAUUAAAGCCGCUUCUUACUAAGAACAAACUUUUGGUUUCUGUUGCUGCUGGAAUCAAGUUGAAAGAUCUUCAGGAAUGGGCUGGGAGCAAUAGAUUUAUAAGGGUAAUGCCUAAUACACCUGCUGCAGUUGGCGAGGCCGCGUCAGUUAUGAGCUUGGGGGGAGCUGCAACAGAAGAAGAUGGAAAUCUGAUAUCCCAAUUAUUUGGGUCAAUUGGUAAAAUAUGGAAAGCUGAUGAUAAGUACUUUGAUGCAAUAACUGGCCUGAGUGGCAGUGGUCCUGCUUAUAUUUAUUUAGCAAUAGAGGCUCUGGCUGAUGGAGGAGUAGCAGCUGGUCUACCACGUGAUCUUGCAUUAAGUUUAGCUUCUCAGACUGUAUUAGGAGCAGCAUCAAUGGCCACCCAAAGUGGGAAGCACCCAGGACAGCUCAAGGAUGACGUAACUUCUCCUGGAGGGACAACAAUUGCAGGCAUUCAUGAGUUGGAAAAAGGGGGUUUCCGUGGAACACUGAUGAAUGCUGUUGUUGCUGCUGCUAAACGCAGCCGGGAGCUUUCAUGAAUCUAUAGAUGAGGAUCCUAUGAUUUCUAAAAAAAAAAUUGAUUUCAGCAGAAUUUUCUGCUUAUAGUAUGUCAAAUUAGAGUUCUUGUUUUAAGAGUAAAACUUGUGAGAAUGUUUAGUCAUAGCAACAUUCUUCUUUUAUAAAUGCUACUAGUUAUGGUCGAGUUUGGCCGAUUAGCAGUUAUCCCAGUAUAACAGUUAGUUUCGCUAACACUAUGGACGGACACAUGACAGGGAUUGACUUUCAUUCAUGGGAGAUGAUUAAAUCAUACUCAUACUUGGCCAAGCUUAUUUGUUUAAAUGCCAAUGUUCAUACUUUGAAAGGUAAUAAAGGUUCCACAUCAAAAUCAAA